UCUUCUCCUCUGUCUCUCUGUCUGUCCCUCUCUCUCUCUCUCUCACUCUCAGGACAAAUGGCCUUCUCUGCUGCUGCUGGUCUCACGGCCCUUGUUGUUGUUGUUCUAAUCCAUCAAACUUGCAGUGCUAAGCAUAGCCAUGUCUGUGCUCCUUCUUCUUGCGGUGAUAUCCAUAACAUAAGUUAUCCCUUUAGAUUACAAGACGAUCCAAAAAAUUGCGGCCGCCGAAGGUAUACCCUUUCAUGUGAUCAGAACAACCGCACAGUAUUAAACUUAUAUGCCGGAAAAUACUAUGUACAGCAAAUCAAUUACGAUGACUACACAAUCCGAGUGGUAGACCCGGGUAUUCAGGUAUUACCAAUCCCUCGUUAUUUUCUAAACAUCAAUAAUUUCAGUGAUGGGAUCGGGGAGUCAUAUGUCCUGAAUCAAAACGGAAUGGAGAGUGUGGUUUUCGUGACGUGUAAAAAUCCGGUGAGUUCACCGUUCUAUUUGGAGACUUCUGCUUGCUUUAGUAAUGGAUCAGAGUACUAUUCUUCCAACUCUUCCAAGAGGUACAGAUAUGUUAAAGUCGGCAUAACGAAUGCAGCGGAUGUGGUGGACUCGUGCCAGAUAGAGCGAAUGGUUCCGACAUCGUGGCCAAGAAAUGAUGACCGACAUGUUUCCUGUUCAGUCGUCCACAGGAAAUUGGUAUAUGGUUUUGAGCUUUCAUGGCAACGAGAUAAUUGUCGAAGCUGCUUCAUUGUGGAGGAGCUUACUGGAGACCAUUGCUACUUCGAUGAGGCAAAUCGUAUUCAUUGUUCUGGAAUAAUAGGUCAACUAAUACUGCAUUUCAUAGGUCUUCUUUUGGUCCUUCUGAUCUUUGGAUUAUACAAGGUCCUAAUAACUGUAUUAGGGACUCCAUGUGUGAUUGCGUUUUUAGUAUAUAAAUGGCGUAGGAGGCAUUUAUCUAUGUAUGAGGCAGUUGAAGAAUUUCUGGAAAACUACAAAAAUCUCGUGUCAAUAAGGUACUCUUACUCAAAAAUAAAGAAGAUGACCGAAAAUUUCAAGGACAAAUUGGGUGAAGGAGGCUAUGGCACUGUAUAUAAAGGAACACUUCGAAGUGGCCGUCUUGUAGCUGUAAAGAUGUUAGGUAAAUCCAAAGCUAAUGGUCAAGACUUUAUAAAUGAAGUUGCAACCAUUGGAAGGAUUCACCAUGUUAAUGUAGUGCAGCUUAUUGGAUUUUGCGUUCAAGGGCCAAACCGGGCUCUUAUAUAUGAAUUCAUGCCUAAAGGGUCUUUGAAUAAGUACAUUUUUUCGCCAGAAGAAAGUGUUGUCCUAAGCUACAAAAAAUUAUAUGACAUUGCUGUAGGAAUUGCUCGUGGGAUUGAAUAUUUGCAUCAAGGAUGUGACAUGCAAAUUUUGCAUUUUGAUAUCAAGCCUCACAACAUUCUUCUUGAUGAGAAUUUUACUCCUAAGGUUUCUGACUUUGGCCUUGCAAAACUGUAUCCCGUAGACAACAGCAUUGUUUCUUUGACUGCAGCAAGAAGGACAUUAGGAUAUAUGGCUCCUGAAUUAUUCUACAAAAACAUUGGAGGCGUCUCAUUCAAAUCUGAUGUUUAUAGUUUCGGAAUGUUAUUGAUGGAAAUGGCUAGUAGAAGAAAGAACGUAAAUUCUUUUGCAGAGCAUUCAAGCCAAAUUUACUUUCCUACUUGGGUCUAUGACCAAUUGCACGAUGGAAAGGACAUACAAAUGGAAGAUGGCACGGAGGAGGAAAAGAAAAUGAUUAAGAAGAUGAUCAUAGUUGCACUAUGGUGCAUACAGAUGAAGCCUAGUGAUCGCCCUUCAAUGAACAAUGUCGUAGAAAUGCUUGAGGGAGAAGUUGAAUGCUUACAAAUGCCUCCAAUGCCUACUCUAUCAUCGCCAGAUAGACCCAUAAUGAAUGCUGGAGAGAAUUCAAGUCAAAGUUACUCGUCAAUUCAAUCAUAUGAAUCAAAUCAAUCAACUCAAUUUUAAAUGCAAACUAAUUUAUAUGUUAGUCUGUUGCGUAAGUAGUUUUUUCUUGUGUAUUUGAUAGCACAAAGAUGCUUGAUAUUUAUGUAUAGUAAAUUAGAGUUCAUUUGA